GGUAUAUGCGUAUGAUGGACUAAUAGUUGUGCUUGCUCAAGCUGAUUAAAUAGGCUACGCUUCGAUAACGUCUGGUUGAAGUAGUGACUUUAUGGUUUAUUCGAUACAGCACAUCUAUUACAGUUCUUUGCGUGGUGUGGGGACGGUUGAAUAGUGUGUUUUAAUAAGAAUAUCGUGAAACGGUUGCGCACGAGUGCUAGUGUGGCAGAUACACCCGUGUAACGUUGCAUCCAGUGGAAGCGUUUUGUAUCCGUAAGCGUAAUUUAUACUAACGUCUAAACAAAGAGAGCGGUCCCGUGGUACAGUCGUCAACACGCACGACCUAGCAACAUGCGCGUUGUGGGUUCGAACCCUGGACCGUCGCCUCCGUAGCAAAGGGACUGACUUGACUUAUACACCCGCUUGGUAUUUGAUAAGUCUUGAAAGUAUUUUGUAGUAUAGACCGGCAUGAAUGGCCGCGUAGAUCGUUACGCGCUAAAUAGAAGAAGAAGAAGUAAGGCGAUCGACGGCGCUGUGUAUGGAGUGUGUGGAGUGCGUAGAUAAAGAGGUAAUGACAGACGUUUUUGACAGAAUAGAAUGGAGCACGGAGCAAACAUUCUUACAAAAUUUUAAAAGAAAUGAAGAGGCAUGUUCCUUGACCUGGCAGAAUAGAUAACAGACUGCAAACUUCUCUCAUCUUUAAGAUGAGUGUUGAUUAGUGAGAUGAGCUUCGUGAGUGUUGCUCAGUAUGGCCGGGUUCUCCAGACUUUUCAGCUCGCGGGCCGCAUUGCUCCAUAAACAACGCGGGUCGUACCUUUUGAGACCCCUGACCUAGACAAGGAAUGAGUGCUCACUCUCUGGGAAUAUUCUAAAUCCAGCAACAUAAUUGUGUUGGGCGUGUACCAGCACAGAUCAUUGCGAGAGCACUCCAGUUUUGCUCGUUGAAUUUUAAAGGCAGGCUCUUUAAAGACAUGUGCAGGGCAAACGAUUAAACGCUAACGCUUUCGAUUGCAGAUUCCACACCAAUAAAAAAAAACCACAGCCAACGUUCUUCAAUCAAGACCCGCGGCACCAUCAACCCGAACACUGGUAUACUGUGAGCAAAAUAGAAGUUUCGUUAAACAUUAUAACGAUGCAAUCGGCCCUAGAUACACCGCACCCGCUUGUUACACGCUGUAUUUGAUUUGAUGUUUGACAGUGCUUGGUGCAAAACUAAUUGCAAGUUUCUUGCAAUUAUUCAAACGUUCAUGCUAUCCUACCUUUGUGCAUAUAUGCGUGCUGAAUAAUUAUGCAAGUGUUUGGUUAAAAUGUCUACGCUCAGCUAAUGCAAAUGUACAAGCCAUGCCGUCCGCUUACAUUGUGACCUAUAUCGCUUAAGCAGGCUGUAUAAACAAACUGACCACGCGGUCUGUUUUGCGCAUCAGCGAUACGUCGCACGGAGUUGUCAAAAUGCGUUCAAAUCUUAACGACGACCAACUGCAACAAUAGACGGACUGCAACAACGGUCACCUUUGCACCUGCUCUCAUCUCGCUCGCUUCAAGCUUACGGACAGCAGGAGCACCAUAUGCAAGGAUGCCCGUUGACCUGUUGACCAGCAGCUGAUCCACGAGAUAAGGCAUUGCGAAUGUAAACACGUUGAAGCUAUAAUGUGUAAUCCAAAGUGUGUUACAAAGUACACAUUGUAUUUUAUUGCACAAAACACUCAUGGUGUUUGUCGUCUGGCAACUGCUUGACAAGGACCACCGGUGGAAAAAAACCGGAUUUUAUGGCGCGCUUUGGCAUUGCGGCAUGUUAACCACUCCACAGAUCGUAAAAGUAGCACGUAAAUCGUGCCUUUAUGAUUUUUUUAAAACCAUAGCAGAGGGAAACCGAAGAAGAUACGGUCGUGAUGGCAAGUUUUGAUUACAAGCUUGUUUCAAUGCAACACAUGGUCGAGAUGCUGAUUGUGCUGAGCUGCAAAAUGAAAUGGAAGGGCUACAUGUAGCCAGUGGUUUCCAGCCCAUCCAGCACCAAACCACGUGCGCGCUUGAGCAAAACUGAAAGAGCGUCAAAAUAUUACCCAAAUUGACAGCAAAUACCCGAACGGAAAAGUUCCACGAAUAUCACCGAACAUCACCAGCCCGAAGUGGCCCAUCUCUAGCGGAGCCCCUAUCAAAAGCAGAUGCUGACGUUGUGUGCGUCGUUGCGUGUCCACGCAUGUGUUAGCUGCCUCUGGACCUUAACUUCAUAUAUCAUAUCAACCAAGGACGGUGCAGGAACGAGGUAAAGUAUUAGCCAAAAUCAGUUUGGCCAUCUUGGAUACCAUUUGACAGCAGAAUGCCCUUGAAAUUUCAUCAAACCCUUAAACCGAGGAGUAUCCAAACUUUCCAGGGUUCGCGGGCCGCAUUGCCUCACAUAUAAUGGUGUUGAGGGCCAUUUUUCCGUUGCUUGUAUUUAAUGCGGACGUUUAAAUUUCAUCUAUAUAAGAAAAUGCUAACAUAACGUACAAAACUUCUGCAGCUUUCUAUCAUUUAAGCUUGGUCUACGUCUCUCAAAAGCAACAGUUACAUUUUCUUUAAAAAUAGUCAAUAAUUAACCAUUAAUUUAAACCUUUAAAAAGUCGCUUCGGGCCGUAUAAUAGGCUCUCGAGGACCGUAGUUUGGAGACCACUGCCUUAAACCAUUAUUAAAAGACAUUCAAAAAUCAAUUUACAAUUUUCUUCUGAUGAUCAGACCGAUUUAUCAUUUGUAUCAGAAUUAAAAUUUGAAUCGUAAAGGGCUCUUAGAUGUCAAACUGCCUAUAACGAACUUUUGACUACUUGUCAAAUCGUUAUAUAUUACUUGACCUCGUUCCUACACUGUCCUUGAUAGCGACCAUGUUGUCCACAUAUGAAGCAAACCGGUUUUUGUCUAGCUGGAGCAGUAACAAUAAGCGUCGAAAUGUAUGGGGUAUCCACAGCCACAAUCAUAUCCACAUCUAGGUGUGAUCCUGUCUCUUUCCUGCGCACGGUGCAGUAUUUGCCCAAAACGCACAUGUGUGAAAUUGACGAGAGAGAAACAGAAAAGAAAGAAAGAAAAAAAAAACAAUCAACAGCAAACAAACAAUCGCUCCGGUUGAGGUUAGAAAAGUGUUGACGAUCAUUUACACGUGCGCCAUCCUACUGGAAGCGUAGUUAAAAACGUUAAAGGAUUUCAAGGGGCAAAUCAGCAAAUCGGUUGAAGGAUUCAUUCCGUAAGCAGUUUGAAAAGUAGAGCACGCGAUCGACAAUGGGACCGAAAGAGAUGGAGAGCGAGCGGCGGGACGAGCCGCCACCGGUUGAGGCGGCCGAGACGGUCGAGUACCGGCCGGCGACGGCUUCGCUCGUGCUCGAGGAUGGCACGAUCAUGCACGGGCACCCGUUCGGGGCGCCGCUGUCGGUCGACGGCGAGGUCGUGUUUCAGACGGGCAUGGUCGGCUACCCGGAAUCGAUGACCGAUCCGUCCUACCACGGCCAGGUGCUGGUGCUGACGUACCCGCUGAUCGGGAACUACGGCAUCCCGGACGCGGACCUGGACGAGUGCGGGCUGAUGCGCCACUUCGAGUCGAACAAUCGCAUCUGGACGGCGGGCCUGGUGGUGGGCGAGAUCUGCGACGAGCCGUCGCACUGGCGCAGCAAGCUGACGCUGUCGGAGUGGAUGGCCCGGCACGGUGUGCCCGGCAUCAGCGGGAUCGAUACGCGUGCGCUCACGAAGAAGAUACGCGAGAAUGGCACGAUUUUGGGUAAGAUUGUGCAGUCGCGCGUGACGUCCAUUGCGGGCUUCAACUUUAGCAACCAAAACCUGCGCAACCUGGUGGCGGAGGUGUCGCUGGCGCAGCCGCGCACCUACAACCCGACCGGGUCGCCGCGCAUCUGCGCGAUCGACUGCGGGCUGAAGCUGAACCAGGUGCGCUGCUUCGUGAGCCGGGGCGCCCGGCUGGACGUGGUGCCGUGGAACGCACGCCCCGAUCCGGCCGAGUACGACGGCCUGUUCCUGUCGAACGGUCCGGGCGAUCCGGAGACGUGCCGGGAGGUGGUGGACAAUCUGCGCGCGCUGCUGCAGCCGACCGACGGGCCCGUCAAGCCCAUCUUCGGCAUCUGCCUCGGGCACCAAAUUCUGUCCACGGCGGCCGGCUGCCGCACGUUCAAGAUGCGGUACGGCAACCGGGGCCACAAUCUGCCCUGCAUGCAUCUCGGCACGCGCCGCUGCUACAUGACGUCGCAGAACCACGGGUUCGCGGUCGACUCGAGCGAGAUGCCGGCGGGCUGGGAGGAGCUGUUCACCAACCUGAACGACGGCACGAACGAGGGCAUCGUGCACCGGACGCGCCCGUACUUUAGCGUCCAGUUCCACCCGGAGCAUACGGCCGGCCCGACCGACCUGGAGGUGCUGUUCGACGUGUUCCUGGAGGUGGUGCGCGAGUACCGCGGGGGCGCGCAGGCCGCCCUCGAUGCCGCCCCGACCGUGCGGGAGCGCUUGAACGAGCGGUUGCGCUUUGUGCCGCCCGUCCCGAUCGAGCUGGAGCGGCCGAAGAAGGUGCUGAUCCUCGGGUCGGGCGGGCUUUCCAUUGGGCAGGCGGGUGAGUUCGAUUACUCCGGGUCGCAGGCGAUCAAAGCGCUGAAGGAGGAACGCAUCCAGACGGUGCUCAUCAACCCGAACAUCGCGACGGUGCAGACGUCCAAGGGGCUGGCGGACAAGGUGUACUUCCUGCCCAUCACCAGCCACUACGUCGAGCAGGUGAUCAAGGCGGAGCGGCCGGGCGGCGUGCUGCUAACGUUCGGCGGCCAGACCGCCCUCAACUGCGGCGUGGAGAUGGAGCGGGCGGGGCUGUUCGCGCGGUACGGCGUGCGCAUCAUGGGCACGCCGAUACGCUCCAUCAUCGAGACGGAGGAUCGGAAGCUGUUCGCCGAGCGGGUGGGGGAGAUCGGCGAACGGGUCGCACCGUCCGCGGCCGUCUACUCCAUCCAGGAGGCGCUGGAGGCGGCGGACCGCAUCGGCUACCCGGUGAUGGCGCGGGCCGCCUUCUCGCUCGGCGGGCUCGGGUCGGGCUUUGCGAGCAGCGCGGACGAGCUGCGGGCGCUCGCGAGCCAAGCGCUCGCCCACUCGAACCAGCUCAUCAUCGACAAGUCGCUGAAGGGCUGGAAGGAGGUCGAGUACGAGGUGGUGCGGGACGCGUACGACAACUGCAUCACCGUGUGCAACAUGGAGAACGUGGACCCGCUCGGCAUCCACACCGGGGAGAGCAUCGUGGUCGCGCCUUCGCAGACGCUGUCGAACCGCGAGUACAACAUGCUGCGCUCGACCGCGAUCCGCGUCAUCCGGCACUUUGGCGUGGUGGGCGAGUGCAACAUCCAGUACGCGCUGAACCCGGAGUCGGAGGAGUACUACAUCAUCGAGGUGAAUGCGCGCCUGUCCCGCAGCUCGGCGCUCGCGAGCAAGGCGACCGGGUACCCGCUGGCGUACGUGGCGGCGAAGCUGGCGCUUGCGAUCCCGCUGCCCGACAUACGCAACUCGGUGACGGGCGUGACGACCGCCUGCUUCGAGCCGAGCCUCGACUACUGCGUGGUGAAGAUGCCGCGCUGGGAUCUGGCCAAGUUUGCGCGCGUCAGCAAGAACAUCGGCAGCUCGAUGAAGAGCGUCGGCGAGGUGAUGGCGAUCGGGCGCACGUUCGAGGAGGCGUUCCAGAAGGCGCUGCGCAUGGUGGACAGUGUGAGCGGGUUCGACCCGUACCUGAAGCCGGUGAACGAGCAGGAGCUGGAGCAGCCGACCGACAAGCGCAUGUUCGUGCUGGCGGCCGCGCUCAAGGCGGGCUACAGCGUGGAGCAGAUCUACGAGCUGACCAAGAUCGACCGGUGGUUCCUGCGCAAGAUGAAGGGCAUCAUUGACUUCACGGUCGAGUUGGAGGGGCUGGAGCACGGGUGCGUGCCGGAGGCGGCGAUGCUGCGCGAGGCGAAGCGGCUCGGCUUCUCCGACCGCAUGAUUGCGCAGUGCGUGAAGAGCACCGAGCUGGCGGUGCGCACGCAGCGCAAGGAGCACGGCGUGCUGCCGUACGUGAAGCAGAUCGACACGGUGGCGGGCGAGUGGCCGGCCUCGACCAACUACCUCUACCUGACGUACAGCGCGACGGAGAGUGAUGUGGAGUUCCCGGGCCAGUACACGAUGGUGAUCGGGUCGGGCGUGUACCGCAUCGGCAGCUCGGUCGAGUUUGACUGGUGUGCGGUCGGGUGUCUGAAGGAGCUGCGCCGCCUCAACCACAAAACCAUCAUGGUGAACUACAACCCGGAAACGGUCAGCACGGACUACGACAUGUGCGACCGGCUGUACUUCGAGGAGAUUUCGUUCGAGGUCGUGAUGGACAUUUACGACGCGGAGCAGCCGACGGGAAUCAUCCUGUCGAUGGGGGGCCAGCUGCCGAACAACAUCGCGAUGGAUCUGCACCGGCAGCAGGCCCGCAUACUCGGCACGUCGCCCGAGUCGGUCGACAGUGCGGAGAAUCGGUUCAAGUUCUCCCGCAAGCUCGACCGGAAGGGCAUCCUGCAGCCGCGCUGGAAGGAGCUGACCAACCUUGAGUCGGCGAUCGAGUUCUGCGAGGAGGUGGGCUACCCGUGCCUGGUGCGGCCGUCCUACGUGCUGUCGGGGGCGGCGAUGAACGUCGCCUACUCGAACCAGGACCUCAAGACGUACCUGAAGCACGCGUCGGACGUCAGCAAGGAGCAUCCGGUGGUGAUAUCCAAGUUUCUGAUCGAGGCGAAGGAGAUCGACGUGGAUGCGGUGGCGGCGGACGGCGUCAUCCUCUGCAUGGCCGUGUCCGAGCACGUGGAAAAUGCGGGCGUGCAUUCGGGCGACGCGACGCUGGUGACGCCGCCGCAGGACCUCAACCGGGAGACGCUGGAGCGCAUCAAGGAGAUUGCGCGCGACAUUGCCGACCUGCUGGACGUGACCGGCCCGUUCAACAUGCAGCUGAUCGCGAAGAACAACGAGCUGAAGGUGAUCGAGUGCAAUGUGCGCGUGUCGCGCUCGUUCCCGUUCGUGUCCAAGACGCUCGACUUUGACUUUGUCGCGCUGGCGACGCGCGUCAUCGUCGGCCACACGGACAUUGAGCCGGUGGAGGUGAUGCACGGGCGGGGGCUGGUGGGCGUCAAGGUGCCACAGUUUAGCUUUUCGCGGCUGGCCGGCGCCGACGUGAUGCUCGGGGUGGAGAUGGCCUCGACCGGGGAGGUGGCGUGCUUUGGCGAGAACCGGUACGAGGCUUACUUGAAGGCGAUGAUGUCAACCGGUUUUCAGAUGCCGAAAAAGUCCAUUCUGCUCAGCAUCGGGAGCUACAAGCAUAAAAUGGAGCUGCUGCCCUCGAUACGCAUACUGGAGAAGAUGGGCUACAAGCUGUACGCGUCGAUGGGGACGGGCGACUUUUACACCGAGCACGGGGUUGAGGUCGAGAGCGUACAGUGGACGUUCGAUUCGCUCGCCGCGUCGGAAGGUGACGGGGGUGGCAAUGGGGGCGCGGGCAGUGAGCUGCGCCAUCUGGCGGAAUAUCUCGCCAACAAGCAGUUCGAUCUGGUGAUCAACCCGCCGAUGAGUGGGGGCGGCGCCCGGCGCGUCUCCUGCUUCAUGACGCACGGCUACCGCACCCGCCGCCUGGCCGUCGACUACUCGAUCCCGCUCGUGACGGACGUGAAGUGCGCGAAGCUGCUGGUCGCCGCCAUGCAGCGCAUCGGGGGCGUGCCGGCCAUGAAGACGCACAUCGACUGCAUGUCCUCGCGGCUGAUGGUGAAGCUGCCCGGCUUCAUCGACGUGCACGUGCAUCUGCGCGAGCCGGGCGCCCCGCACAAGGAAACGUUCGCGACCGGGACGGCGGCCGCGCUGGCCGGCGGCAUCACGAUGGUGCUGGCGAUGCCGAACACGCAGCCGGCCAUCGUCGACCGGGCCGCGUUCCAGCAGGCGUCCGAGCUGGCCCAGAAGGGGGCCCGGUGCGACUACGCCCUGUACGUCGGCGCGUCCUCCAACAACUACGGCACGGUGCACGAACUGGCGGCGCAGGCCGCCGGGCUCAAGCUCUACCUGAACGAAACGUUCACCACGCUGCGGCUGAACGGGCUGUCCGUGUGGCAGGCUCAUCUGGCCAGCUGGCCGAAGCGGGCGCCGCUGUGUGUGCACGCGGAGCGCGAAACGAUGGCGGCCGUGCUGCUGCUCGCCUCGCUGACCGAUCGGCCGAUCCACGUGUGCCACGUGGCGCGCAAGGAGGAGAUACUGCUGAUCAAGGCGGCGAAGGAGCGCGGCCUGAAGGUGACGUGCGAGGUGUGCCCGCACCAUCUCUUCCUGUCCACCGCCGAUCUGGACCGGAUCGGGGCGGGCCGCGGCGAGGUGCGGCCGGUGCUGUGCAGCCCCGAGGACCAGCAGGCGCUCUGGGACAAUCUGGACGUGGUGGACGUGUUCGCGACGGACCACGCGCCGCACGCGCGCGAAGAGAAGGAGUCGGACAAUCCGCCGCCCGGCUUCCCCGGGCUGGAGACGAUCCUGCCCCUGCUGCUGACGGCCGUCACCGACGGCCGGCUGACGAUGGACGAGCUGGUGAGCAAGUUCCACCACAACCCGCGCCGCAUCUUCAACCUGCCCGAGCAGCCGAACACGUACGUCGAGAUCGAUCUGAGCGAGGAGUGGAUCAUCCCGGACCGGCCGCAACACUCCAAGGCCCACUGGACGCCGUUCUCGGGCCGGCGGGUGAAGGGCUGCGUCCAUCGCGUGGUGCUGCGCGGCGAGACGGCCUACGUCGACGGGCUGGUGCUGGUCGGCCCGGGCUACGGGCAGAACGUGCGCGAGUGGCACGGUGGCAAGCCGCCACUGCUCGGCGCCGGCUCGAUCGAGCGCAUCGACGCGCUGAACCACUCGGCCGGGUCCGGGUCCGGGGUGGGCGGGCUGCGCACGGCCGACCUCGAGCCGGACCUGCAGACGAACGAGGCGUUCUACCAGCUGCUCUCGCCCGACGGCACCAAUGCGCACGUGAAGCAGCUCGGCGUACACUUUGCCGGCGAGCAGUCGGCGCUGCGGCCGGUCUCGCCGCUGCCCGCCCGGGUGCGCUGCGACUCGACCGGCAACCAGUCGGUGGCCGGCGGCAGACCGCUCGAGCCGCUCGGCAUCCACACCGCAGGGCUGGUGCGCGACCGGCAGCUGGUCGGCCGGCACGUGCUCACGGUGGACAUGUUCACCAAGGAGCAUCUGAACGAGAUCUUCCACCUGGCGCAGACGAUGAAGGCCCGGGUGGCGAAGGAGCGAGCGCUGGACGAUCUGCUGCGCGGCAAGGUGAUGGCGUCCAUCUUCUACGAGGCCAGCACGCGCACCAGCUGCAGCUUUGCGGCGGCGAUGCAGCGCCUCGGCGGCCGCGUCGUCCACGUGGACGAGACGUCCUCGUCCGCGGUAAAGGGCGAAACGCUCGAGGACAGCAUCCAGGUGAUGGCGGGGUACGCGGACGUCGUUGUGCUGCGCCAUCCACUGCCCGGUGCGGUCACGCGCGCUGCCCAGCACUGCCGCAAGCCGCUGAUAAACGCGGGCGACGGCGUCGGCGAGCAUCCGACCCAGGCCCUGCUGGACAUCUUCACGAUACGCGAGGAGAUCGGCACGGUGAACGGGCUGACGAUCACGAUGGCGGGCGACCUGAAGCACGGCCGGACGGUUCACUCGCUCGCCCGGCUGCUCACGAUGUACAACGUGAACGUGCGGUACGUCUGCCCGCCCGGGCUGGAGAUGCCGGCCCACAUCCGCGAGUACGUCGACCGGAAGGGCAUCUCGCAGCGCCAGUUCGACACGCUCGAGUCCGCGAUCGCCGACACGGACGUGCUGUACAUGACGCGCAUCCAGCGCGAGCGGUUCGAGAGCGAGCAGGAGUACGAGAAGUGCUGCGGACAGCUGAUCCUAACGCCCCAGAUAAUGACGCUCGCGAAGCGACGCAUGAUCGUGAUGCACCCGUUGCCGCGCGUCUUCGAGAUCAGCGUGGAGAUUGACAGCGAUCCGCGGGCGGCCUACUUCCGCCAGGCCGAGUAUGGAAUGUACGUGCGCAUGGCCCUGCUGGCGAUGGUGCUGGGACGCAUCUGACGCGCGAUCGUUGCAUAAGGCUGUGCUGUGAUGUGCCACCGCCCCUGCACUGGCCCAGUGCCAGCAGUGGUUUUACAGGAGUUGCCGGUGUCCGAGUUCCGGACGGUGGAGGCACACUUUCUGCACCUUUUGCGGAUGUAGUGUGAGUGUGAUGCGUUUGAUGACGAUGGUGAGGAAGAUCUUGCUGAAUCUUGCGUGGGAUGUUGAUGUGGAUUAAGGUGUCACCCGUAUUGGAGUGUCAAUGUUCAUCUAAAUCCACAUUUCACGACCCUGAAGAUGCAACAAGAGCAUCAUUAUCGCACCAAACUAGUAUCACUUCGCACCGUUUCUUGCAAUGACAGCAUCGUGACAUUCGAGAUGGCGCUGUCAUUGCAAGACACGGGAGUCGGAAAGAGGGCAGAAAGUGUGCCACCAAUAGUCGAAGAUCGUUGUAGAACCCUUGUCACUUAGAACUUGCGAAGCUACCACACACACGCGCGCCACCGAAUCUACCAAUGCCGAACCACUUCAGGACGACCCAGUCCACUAAUUCUAACAACAUCUAAGUGCACUCGUUACAUCUCCGCACGCAAAACUCACUUAAAGCUACGCCCUAAAAGGUUGCACCCGUUGCUUUCCCCCCCUGCACACAUUCCCUUACCUACACCUAGCAGCUCUGUAGCCGUGUUACAAAGCAGUCUCUAUACACAAUAAAAACAACAACAACAAAACAA